CCAACACAUUUAAUUUCCCUCUGGGAUUAAUGGAGUAUUUUUAAUCGAAUUGGAUUUUAUAUUUCAUACUUUUUUCUUCUUUUUUUUUUUAUUAAACAAACUAAAUCUAUUCACAAUUCGCACCGAACCAAACCUCGAACAGGAAAAUACAAGUCAGUAGCUAAUGACCCGGCAGGUGUGCAUGGUCGCUAGGCAACGCCCGGACCUUGGAGAAUGGCGGUUGACAAAAACUAUUUAACUGGUGAUGAUGACAAACGUUAAAAUCUGAGAAUAAGUUUAAAAGGAAAUGGAGCAACUCAAGCGCCAAGUUAAAGUUCGUCGUGACAGCGGGAUUCCUUACAAAGGAGAAACACCCGGAAGGUCCGCGACCCGGAGGCGAGAGAGAUAUGAGAGACUUCUGACUGGCAAAUGUUAUGAGUCUUUACCAGAAAGGAUAGAGGAAGAAGAAAUAAAUGAAUCCAAAGUCAAACCAGUUAGUGCUUCUGUGCCGUUUACUAAAAACAGACAAAGCCAACCUGCUUCAUGUGUUCCAUCGGUUAUUAAAGCGUCCGGCCAACAGAACUCGUCAGGAAAAGCUUCCCCAACAGUUACGGUCCAACUCAUCCCAGAGGUCUCACGAUGUGGUGGGACUCCAGAGAGAGGGGCGUCUUGCGUCAUGGAAACAGAGUCAACUUUAAACUCAGAGGAGGAGGAUGAUGAUGAUGACGAUGAUUAUGAUUAUGAUGAUGACGACGACGAUGACUAUGAUGAUGCUGAUGCCUCAACAACCAUUAGCAACUCAUCCUCCCCAGAGAUCUUCAGAAAGGAAAGGAGUGUGGACAUAAUGACUUUUCCCAGUAAGGACAAGUUGCUGGGUUUUCAUCUUCAAGUGAAAAAUUCCACCUUGCUGGAAGACAGCCAUGCAGAGAAUAUUCACUCUCAUCAUCCACCCAACCUUUCUACCAUCAUCGAUGCUUCUAUGAGUUUAGCUGAGGAAAAGUGUGAGAUGAGCCACCACAAAACUCCUGAAGAUAAAGGAAAAAUAAACAUAAGUGCAAGUAACUCAGAUCAAGCCUUUAAGAAGGAAACCUCCCCAAAACUCUCAGAGAGGAAGCCAAUUACCUUUAGGAAGAAGGUUAGGUUCAAAAGCCUUGAUGCAACUGAGAUUCAAAAUGAGAAAGAAAUCAAAUCCCCUGCAACAAGUGGAAAAAACACCAGCAGUCCCUCAAGACCUCUGCAGAAAAUAAAACCUCAUCCCAUGACAUCCAGAAGAAAUGUGACCAGCUUUAAAGAUCAACCGUUACCGCUGGCUGUAAAAAGGCCUGGAAGAACAUGCUCAGAAAAAGCAUCGUUCUUUCAGUUUGUGAAUGAUGACGAAAGAAGAGCCUUUUUUCAAAAAAUGAAAGAAAGAUCUGUCAAACUUAGAAGUGCUGUUUUCUUUCCUUUCAAAUCAGGUAUGCAAACCAAGAGUUAAACUACAAUUCAGAAUGAGAUGCUUAAAUGGAAAUGGGCAGUGAAGGAUGAGGAGUUGAAUAGAUGUUGUGCAAAGCUAGAUACGAGCUUCAGUGUGUAAUAUUUGAAGGGAACAGGUAGCAGUUUCAAACUUAUCUUUGUACUUGAACAUGAUCUAAGAAAGAGUUUAACUUUCUUUAAAUAUUUUUUCUCUGCAUCACACCUUAUUUUAAUUUAACACUGUCUGUACUCAUCAUUUUAUGUUGUUUUUUCUGGCAAUAAUUGUAAACGGUAUCUCAAACGUUAUAUUUUCUUGUUGUCUUCUGAUUUAAAUGCUUUGCUGAUACUAGUAAUUUUUUUUUUUUUUUGCCAAAAUACAUUUAAAAUGUACUUAUCAAAAAUGGCCACUAGAUGGCAGAUAUGUAUUUCAUAACCCUUGAUAAAUAUACAUGUAAGAAUAACUUUCUUGUGUUAUAAGAAAAAAAAAUGUUUGCAUUUGUUGUGUUCGGUGUUUCUCUCUAUGUAUAUGUAUACUUUUGAUGUUUUGCGUUUUCCAUUAAUUUAGUUUAACUUAAAAAAAAAAAGAAAUGUGUAAUGUAUGCAUGUUAGAUUUUCAUUAUAUAUGUCUAUAAGUGUCAGUUUGAAUAUUUUGCUGAUUUAGGAGUUUGCAUAAAGAUUUUGCGAUAUAA